CGGGGAGGGGUGGGAUCAGCGCUGAGACGGACGAACCCUAGUCGUACUUUGUUUUCUCUUGUUGCCUCACUACCAGUCCCCGCCCUCCAGCUGCGUGGGAAAGCCGCGCGUGAACCGCGGCCCCGCCCGCCCGUGAGAACCUCGGGGGAAAGGAAGUGCGUGUUUGCCAGAGUUCCUGUUUCAGAGCGGGAGGCCGAUUAAACCGUUGAACGGUUUUGUCGUUCCCGACUGCCUUCCUUUUUCCCCCGCCCCCAGGCAGAGCAUGGGCUCAGAAGGCAGGGAUUCGCCUCGUCCUGAGCCUGCAGCUGGGGCUGGCUGUCAACUUGGGCCGAGGCAGCCCGGGCUGGAGGGGGCUUCGCGGGGAAGCCGGCGCCUGAUGUCUCAGUUCACCAUGCCCUCCACAUCUGACGUGUUGAGUCAAGAUGAACUGCGAAAAAAGCUAUACCAGACGUUUAAGGAUCGGGGUAUACUGGACACGCUCAAGACACAACUCCGGAAGCAGCUGAUUCACGAAUUGAUGCAUCCUGUCGUGAACGGAGAGGUGCAGCCCCAGUCCGUUCCAGUGGAAGGGAGUGCCCUCCUGAUAGGCACCUCUAACUCUCUGGUGGCAGAUCACUUGAAGAGAUGUGGCUAUGAGUAUUCGCUUUCUGUUUUCUUUCCGGAAACUGGUGUGGCCAAAGAAAAGGUAUUUACUAUGCAAGAUCUAUUAGAACUCCUCAAAAUCAACCCUGAAUCCGGUCUCUACAAAUCACUGAUGUCAGGAUUUGAUAACAAAAACAAAAAAGGUUUUCUCAUGGAGUUUUUAAAAGAAGUGGCAGAGUAUCAUCAGUCCAGAGCGAGCUGUGAUGUGGGAACUCAGACAAGUUCCACAUUGCCUGGCCAAGACUCACUUGUGGAGAAGCUUCAGCUUAUUGAUGAUCAGUUUGCAGGUGCUUAUGCUCAGCGUCCAAAGUUAGAAUCCUUAGAAGUAAAGUUAAAUGAAUAUAAAAGAGAAAUAGAACAGCAGCUUCGGGCAGAAAUGUGUCAAAAGUUAAAGUAUUUUAAAGAUACUGAAGUAGCAAAAGUUAAGAUGGAAGAGAAAAGAAAGUCUGAGAGGGAAUUGGCUGAGUUCCGGAACGAAUUGGAGAGAGCUUGUCGAGCAAAAUCUGACGCCCUUAUUUCUCGGGAGAAGUUGGCUUUUGAGAGAAUUCAGAAGCACCAAGAGAUUGAAACCAAGGAGAUUUAUGCUCAGAGACAACUUCUCCUCAAAGAUAUAGACAUGCUAAGAGGCAGAGAAGCAGAGCUGAAACAAAGAAUGGAAGCUUUUGAAUUGGCUCAGCGGCUACAAGAAGAAAAAAAUAAAAGAGCAACCGACGCACUUAGGAAACGGGAGCUGAAUGUCCAGAAUAUUGAGAAGACCUAUGACCAGAAGCUCAAGAAUGAGCUGCUCAAGUAUCAACUUGAACUCCAGGACAACUAUAUCGCUAGAACUCACAGGCUAAUAGAAGAUGAAAGGAAGAAUAAAGAAAAAGCUAUACAUUUGCAAGAGGAGCUCACAGCUAUUAAUGCGAAAAAGGAAGAAUUUGGUCAUUCUGUAAAACGUGUCAAAGAGCUCGAGCUUGAGUUAGAGUCGGUCAGAACCCAGUCUUUGGCGAUAAGCAAGCAAAACCACCUGCUGAGAGAGAAGGUGAAAGAAAUGAGUGACUAUUCGCUACUGAAACAAGGGAAACAGGAGCUUCAGGCGCAAAAUAAAUUACUUAAGCAACAGCUGGAAGAGACCAGAAGUGAGAACUUGCGUCUUGUAAACCACCUGGCUCAGCCUUCUCCAGAGCUGGUGGCUUUUCAGAAAGAACUAAAGAAAGCAGAGAACGCUAUCGUGUGUGAGCAUAAGGAGUUCGAGAUUCACAGGCAGAACCUGCAGAAGCAGCUGCAAAGUGAAAUUGAACGUUCUGCACAGCUGAAGGCCCAGAUCCUCGAUUACGAAGAUUGCAUAAAGAAGUUAACGAGACAGGUGGCCGAUUUGAAAUUGCAACUGACACAAACCCAGACGGCCCUAGAGAACGAGGUGUACCGCAACCCAAAGAAUUCUCUGCUCAAUCGGCCCAUCAGCGGAUUAAUGGGUGGCAAUGCGGUGGUACCUCACAAUGGUGACCUGAACGGGGAUUUCUUGAAAGAUGCUUUCGGACUGGAAAGGCUGAUGGCAGGCAUGCUUCUGUCAAGGAUCGCAAGUGACCCAAGUGCGAGCACCGGGAGUAGUUCCCCUGAUUCUGACCUGGAGUUUGUAGCCAAGACCAAGGCAAGGGUGAAAGAGCUAGAGCAAGAGGCCGAACGUUUGGAGAAAGCUUUCCGUACUUACCAUCCAAGAGUUCAUCCACGCCCCACGGGAAGGUCUUCAGCCAAGAGCCCGCCACCCCUGCAUGCGACAGGAACGCUCAAAAAGACCACUUCCGGUUUCCCUGGAAGACGUACUUCCGCAGAGGACUCGGCUGUCCCUGAGCAGCCUCUGGCAGGCACACCCGAGGAGGACAGGAGCAGCGCUUCGGCUUCUGAGGCGCGGCCGUGCAAGGGCACGCCCUCCAGACGCCUCUCCUCCACUCCCCUGCCCAAGGCCAAAAGGAGCCUCCUUGCUAAAGUGUAUCUGGAAGGUGGGGACAGAUCCGGUGCUGCUGGCUGCAGUCCUGGUCCUGAGACAACGCCCCAGCCAUCCCCCUCUGAGUCCGGGCACAGCCCUUCCCUCCACCUGCUGCCCAGCCCUCCGGAGCAGGCCAGUCUUCAUCAAAGACAGACAGAACUUGAAGAACAAGGAGAACUUUCAGAUCCAGACAAGCUACCUUUUAAGGACAAUGAGGAAUUUGGAUCAUCUUUUGAAUAUGCAGGGAGCACACCGAGGCAGUUUGAGGUGGACGGCCUCCAUCCUGCUGGCGACGUGCCUCAUGUGGGUGCUGCCGCCGCCACGGUGUCUGCCGGACCUCUCGCUUGUUGCCACCCCGGUGUAGAUAAGAAACCAAUGGGAGAACAGAAGGAAGAAGAAAAAAUAUGGGAACAGCACACGACAGAACAAAAGCAAAGAGAAGAAAUAAGGAAGAGUGAACUGCAAGAAGCUUUAGAAAGGGAACGAAGAGAACUAGAGAAGCUGGAUCAAGAGCGGAGGAUGAUUGAAGAAUCAUUGAAGAUUGAAAUGGAAAAAGAAAUGGAAAUGACUGUUGAAGAAACGAAAGACCAGCCUGUCUGUGGUGAAAAUCCUUUAGAGAAGUACAUGAGAAUUCUUCAGCAAAAUCAAGACCAGGAGUCUGUAGAUAAGAGUUCAAAGGUGGUCAGAGAAGGCUCCCAAGUGGAAACACUGCCAUCUAGCAACAAAGACGAAAGUUUCACAGGCUUUUCUCCCGAAGGGCCAGAUGACUUCUGGUAACCAUGUUUGCUGCUGAGUGCCUUACCCAUGUAAUGUGACUUGAGGCCUAUUGAUUUUCUGUAACAACACAAAAUCCUCAAUAAAAAUUGUACGUGAAAUCCCA